AUCGAAUAACUUCCUGUUUGUACUUUACAUCCACAUAGCAACACUAUUUCCUCCAGUUUUAGCACAUUGAGAUUACAGAAACUACUCAUGGCCAGUGCUGCACCGACUGCUUCAUCCACAAAGGAAACAACAAACUAUGCUAGGUUGUGCCGUCUGCUUGUGGGUCUUGGAAGCCAGGCUCUCAGGGAAACAUUUGAUGCCAUCCAUGCACCGGGAAAUCUACACACGAUUUUGGGGACAAACAAACCCACUUUGCAAUCUCUCAGAGCAAAGAAGAUUAUCAAUCCAAUUCAAUGGGGGAAACUUUUCCCCGCCAUCCCUACCUCAGUAUCCUCACGCGAUUUUGACACAACUCUCUUGGUGGUUCUGUUGAGAAACCUGUGCGGCUUAACUGCCCCGCUAACCGGCUGGGACGCAUUACCUGCCAUAGCAGACCUUAGUAAGGAAGCAGAUAUUGCCCGGGUUAAGCAUUUUAGGAACACUGUGUACGGUCACGCCGAGAAAGCUUCUGUUGAUGACGUGAAGUUCAAUGACUACUGGCGUGACAUCCGGGACACUCUGGUCAGAUUGGGAGGCGUUACUUAUGAAGCUGCUAUUGACGAUCUCAGAAACGAGUGCAUGGACCCUGAAGUUGGAGAUCAUUUCAUGGAAUUACUGAGUCAAUGGAAAAAGGACGAGAACAACAUUAAAGAUCAGCUGGACGAAAUAAAGAAAAGACUUGAUGUCCUGACGGCUUCAAAAGAAACAACUGAUCAAGGUGAAACCUCUACAUCAGGAGAAGUUUUGAGUAGACGGGCAAUGUGCAAGUACCACGAGAGCGAAGAAGUUGAGCAUUACUGUUUGAAGUGUAAGGUUUGCAUCUGUCAGAAUUGUCAACAAGUACGUCAUAGAAGGCACUCAAGGGUUAAAAUACAACAAGCUGCUGAUGAGCGAAAGGCCCCAAUGGCAAGGAUCCUGUACGACGCUAAAGCAGAAAUCGUUGUCGUCGAGAGUAAAAUCAAUAAGCAAAUCGAGCUGAGGACGAAGAGCAAAGCUAGAAUUACUGCCGCGGUAAACAAGGUGAAUGAAACUGUUGAAGAACUCGUCCAAGUGCUGAGAGAUCAGGAAAAGCUGAUGAAGGAAAAAUUAACACAGAUUUAUCAUUCACAAGAAAAAGAUCAUGAGGCGCAACUAGAAAAAUUUCAAAUGUUUGCCAGAGAAAUGAAAAGAUCCGUCGAACGUGGCGAAGGUAUUUUUCAAAGAAACGUCGCUCUAGAAAUCCUUGAAGAGGAGCAUUCUAUCUUCUCUCCCUGUAAAGAGCUUUUGGAUCAAUGUCAGAAACUGGAACUCUACGCACCAGAAGAUGUCAACUAUGUUGUCAACAAAGAAAAUGUAUCGGCUUUGAGACAACUAUUUCAGCUGCCACUGGGUGAAGUUAUUGAGCACGAUCAUUCUCAAUCAAAAACCGAAGGAGAAGGCUUGAAAGAAGCGGAACAAGGCCUCGGGACUAACUUUACAAUCACGACACGAGACUUAGAAGGAAAACAGUUUUAUAGCGAACAAGAGGAAGUGACCGUGACUAUCAAGUCACCAGAUGGAGAAGAGGAGACACAAGUGGAAGAUUGCAAAGAUGGAACGUACAAAGUGUAUUACAUUCCGAAAAGUGUCGGACAACACGACAUUAGAAUCGAGGUGAAUGGGUGGCCGCUGACUGGUAGUCCUUGGAAAGUGAACGUGAAGCCACAUAAGUACCAAGUGGUGAACUCCCAUGGAACACGUGGACAAGGAGAAGGCGAAUUUGACUUCCCAUGGAACAUUGCGAAGAACGAUAAUACAGGAGACAUCGCCGUGGCAGACUUUCGUAAUAAGCGCGUUCAUUUGUUUGAUGCCGAGUGGAAAUACCUUAGGACAAUAGGGGGAGUGACAGGAUCACAAACUGGCGCAGCUGUCAAGAUGGGUCGCCCGUGGUCAGUAGCAUUUUCAAGGAAUGGUGACAUGAUCCUGAUUCACGGCGAUAAAAACUCAAGAAAGAUGUCUGUCCUUACCAAUGGCGGUCAAUUUAUCGAACAGUUCAGUGAGCACGUGAUUGAUCCACGCAGUGUCUUUAUCAAAACUGAUGGUGAAAGUCAUGUGAUCGUGUGUGAUUCAGCUGACCACAAAAUCAAGGUCCUGUCGCCGGACGGUGCAGAACUACUACAGUCUUUCGGUGCCCCGGAUUGUGACGCUUGCCCCAGUUGUGUUGUUUAUCAUCAAGAAACUUAUUUUGUGUCGUAUAUGAUGGCUAAUUGUGUCACCGUUUUCAACAGGGAGGGUAUCCCUCUCUUUCACAUCGGCAGUCAAGGAGAAGUGCAAUACCCCUCGGGUUUAGCCGUGGAUGCGUUUGAUAACUUGAUCAUCUGUGGCGACAAUAAGCUUCAUAUGUUUACGCUGGACGGAAAGUUUCUCGCCUCAUUUGAUCAAGAAAUCCAGAGACCCUGGGCUAUGACUGUUUGUAAGAACGGUGACUUGCUGGUUACUGAUCUAACGAAACAUAAUGUUCUUGUUUUUAGGUGAGCUUUGCUUUAGAUCGCGAAAUCUGAAGGUCUGAGGACUGAUCGAAUCCUCGCACAGUGCAUGUUUAAGAUACUUUUGCCCUAAUAUCGCGUGCGCAAUUAUGUUGCGAUAUAUCUAUUUAACGGUAGAA